CGAGAGGAAUCUUCUACGGGGGGCAGGUCCUUAUCAGGACCUUAUCAGGCUCCUUGCGGCGCAGGAGGGCCCAGGUACUGCCACCGAGCACUAACCAAAUGGCAGACAGAGUGCGACUCGCGUGCCGAGGAACUAUAUAAAUAAUACUUCGCACAAAGUCAGAUCAGUUCGCCUGCGGCCACCGCACCUGCCACAACAUAAUGCGACAUUAUCGCACUUACCGGCGCUAGUAUCGUGUCUCACUUGGAACCACAUCACUGCCCUAGAGUGCUCCCGAGGGAUUGAUCAACACCUCCAGGAGGGAACCGGAAAUCCAAGGAAACAGGAACACCGCGAACAUGUCGCACGACAAUCUCGGGUUUACCUCCAGCACCGAAGCGGUGGACGUCAAGCCACUCCCUCCGACCGGGAAGGACUAUCCGCGAAGUAAAAUUUUCGUCGCGGAAGUUGAGGAGAAGAAGAAUUACUUAAAGGAUCCAGAACAGCCUUACGAACCUUAUGAGAACAGAGACGUACAACAUCCGACUACGAAUUCGGAGACGUUGCUGCACCUUUUGAAGGGAAGUUUGGGGACGGGGAUUUUGGCCAUGCCAAAAGCCUUUGCCAAUGCAGGGUACGUCGUCGGCUUGAUCGGGACUGUUGUCAUUGGACUUUUGUGCACAUACUGCAUACACCUGCUGAUAAAGGCUCAGUACGAAUUGUGCAGGAGGAAAAAAGUACCUUCCUUGAGUUAUCCGGCGACUGCGGAAGCGGCGUUAAGCGAAGGUCCGAAGAUAUUGCGACGAUUUUCCAAAUCGGCCGUGCAUGUAGUAAAUAUCUUCCUGUUAAUUUAUCAACUGGGUGCUUGCUGCGUCUACGUGGUAUUCAUCGCGCAAAAUCUUAAGUCGGCCCUGGAUUCCUUCGUGACGCCGAUCGACGAAAGAUUGUACAUGCUCGCACUCCUGUUGCCAUUGAUUCUGAUCAACUGGGUCAGAAAUUUGAAAUAUCUGGCGCCAUUUUCCACGAUCGCGAAUGCUAUCACCCUGGUGAGCUUCGGGAUAAUUCUGUAUUACAUAUUCCGAGUGCCGCCGAGUUUGGAGAAAUGCGACCCGAUUGGAAAAGUGGAGAAUUUCCCUCUAUUCUUCGGCACCGUACUUUUUGCUCUAGAAGCUAUCGGCGUGAUCAUGCCGCUGGAGAACGAAAUGAAGACUCCGAGGUCUUUUGGGAAAUCGUGCGGAGUCCUUAAUAUCGGGAUGUCCACGAUCAUUCUUCUGUACGUCGGCAUGGGUUUCUUCGGGUACAUGAGAUAUGGAAAUGGCGUCAAAGGCAGCAUUACUCUCAGUCUUUCCGACGAUGAGAUACCCGCUAAAGUUGUGCAGAUCUUGCUGGCACUGGCCAUUUACGUCACACAUGCUCUGCAAUGCUACGUGGCAGUUGAUAUAUGCUGGAACGACUACCUCGGGCACAAAUUCAAGUCGAAUUCCCACAAGCUCUUCUGGGAGUACUUCGUCAGGACCUGCCUCGUACUCGUAACCUUUUUACUCGCCGUUGCGAUCCCAGAGUUGGAGCUCUUCAUCUCCCUCUUCGGGGCUCUCUGCUUGUCUGCCUUGGGCCUGGCUUUUCCUGCAAUUAUACAGAGCUGUACAUUUUGGAACGUAAUCCAGGGCAACGAGAAAAUUCUCAUGCUCGCAAAGAACACCUCUUUGGUUCUUUUCGGCAUUCUAGGCCUAAUCGUAGGGACCUACACCAGCCUGAGGGACAUUAUAACGACCUUUUCUUGAAUCGACGCCAAUGUGACAAUUUAAUUCGGAAUAAAUCACGUGUCUCGUUGCAUUAAUAGCGACACACUUUCGUCACUGUGCGCGAAAGUGCUCAUUGUCGGCCGAAUCGAACGAAUGCAUAAGAAACGAGAGGAGAGAAAAUAAGAGAACAAAAACCGACCAAGAAUAAAGCCAACGCUCGAAUGUGAAGUGCGACGAGCCAUCCUCGAGCUGGACAUAGAAAUAAUUGUACAUUCCAGUCAUCGAAAGUGAGACGUACAUAAUGUUUAAGAUAACGUAAUCGAGGACGUGUGUGUGUAGAAAAAAAAAAAAAUAGAACCGAAGACUCCUGACGGGGCGAGUAGUACAAUU